AUGAUGUUGAAAAGAAAUAAAGCAAAUGUUGUAAAUAAUACUGAAGUAGCUGAAGUUAAACAAACUCCAACACCUUCGCCAAAACCAACGCCUUCACAAGCAAAACCUUCAAUGACUCCUGAACCUAUGGAAGUACAAACUCCUGUUCAAAAGUCAACUCCUAAACCGACUCCAACAUUUAAACCAGAACCUACUCCUCAAAUAAAUCGUAAAACUCCUGCGUUUCCUUACUGA